AAACUGCGCUCUGUCAAUCAUCCAAACAAAGUUCAAUGUAUACAAACAGCAGCGUCCAGCUUUGCGGUGCGAAAUGGCGCUAAUUACACGAGAAAUAAAUAAAGUUUGCCGACUUUGCUUAACCGAGGACGAAGUUAUUCUGUUUCCCGCAGCGAAACUGAUCGACUCCACGCUGACCGUGGACGAUAUCGAGCGAUUUACCGGUGUGCGGAUCUGCGAACAGGAACGAUUGCCGUACGUCGUGUGCAUCGAUUGUAAUAACAAGCUAAGGAAGUUCAUCGCCUAUCGUGCUUUCUGCACAAGCAAUGAUGUUCGGUUUAGGAAAUGGUUUGCGGUAACUCUUUCGGACGAUUUGAGCGACCCGGAUCGGACUAGUUCAUCGCUCAAAGCCCUCAUAAAGGAGGAAUUGGCCGCUGAUCAACGCGAAACCACCAAACAUUACAGUCCUAUCGAUGAUUGUAACGAUCAAGCGUUCGAUAGUAAGCAGAAAGUUCAAGAAAUUGAACAGGGCGAACAAAGGAUAGAAGAUGCUACUGCCCUAGAGGGUACGGACAAUAUCGCCAUAGAUGAUGAGGAUCUGGGUCUUGAGCAUGUACUUUUGAGCGAUGAGUUGACGCCUGAUCCAAUCGAGACAAGCAAUACCCUGCCAUCCAGCCACCAAAGCGAGCAGCAACGGAAGCAACGGCGAAGGGUGACAGCAUCGCCCGCUGCCAAAGACAAACACGCAACACGGGACAGCCAGGAGCAGGACAGCAAAAAGCAUGUACCGGCCAAGCAGCUGUGCCCGCUGUGUGGCAAACUGGUGCACUCCAUGGCAGACCACAUGCUGUCUCAUACGAAGGAACCGAAGUUUUCCUGCCAGCACUGCCCGAUGACGUGCAGCCGCAAAUCGUACCUCAAGCUGCACGUGGACGCCGUGCACAAGAAGCGCAUCAUAAAGAGCUGCGAAAUGUGCGACAAAGGGUUCAGCUAUAUCGAAUCGUAUGAGGCUCAUAUGCGAUCGAAGCACAACUACGGAGAAUCAUUUGAAUGUACCAUAUGCAACAUUAAAUUUCGCCAUAAAGGCGGAUUGCGGGGUCACAACAAUCGCAAGCACAACGAUCAAACCAACUGCUCCUGCGAUAUUUGUGGCAUGAAGUUUCAGGACAAGAGAGGGCUACGCGCACAUGGUAGGGUACAUUCGGACGAGAAACCCUUUGCCUGCCAGUUCUGCCCGAAGCGCUUCAAGAGUCCAAACGCACACAGAACGCAUGAGCUGAUCCACAAGGGCGUUGUAUUUCCGUGCACGAUGUGCGAUAAAACGUACACGUACAAAUCGUUGCUCAAUAUGCACGUGAAAAAAUGUCACAUUAAGCAGGAGGAGGGUGCGGAAAAUUAACUUUCCGGAGUGGUAUGAAUCCAUAGGCCGGUGUCGUAGUACAGUCGUCAAAUCGUACGACUUUACAACAUGCCCGUCAUGGGUUCAAGACCCAAAUGGAUCGUGCCGCCAUACGUAGGACUGACUAUCCUGCUAUGGGGGAUCAAUGAGUCACUGAUAACCAAGCCCACAAGUAGUGGUACAGGCAGACCUUGACCUACAACGUUUUUUGGGCCAAAAGAAGAAGAAGAAGGUGACUCUAUGACUCUAUGACUCUAUGUGAAUAAUAGAAAGAAUGUGAAUUUUUAUUUUAAUGGAAUAUUGUUGAAUGUUCGGCAAACCUCUGAGAUGCGUUGAAGUAUUUUCCUUGCAAAAUGCCGAGACAAACCGUUUUACCAAUAAACAAACGCAAAUAAUGAAAGUGAAAAUGAAAGCAAAAUUAA